AUAAUCAGAAAUGUGGCGUGUAAGUUUGCACAGGUAGGCUGGGUGUAUAGGGACUUAGAGAUGGUUCUCUGUGAAGAUCUGUCCCCAGCUGCUGCACACCUCCUUUCAAGAAUGACUGCUGUGCUGACUUGGUUUCCCCAUCCAGCUCUCACCUGGACUGUGGCCCUUCAGGAGUGGCUGGCCUCAAGUGUCCCAAGUCUUGCUGUGUUUCACCCAGAUCGCCUGAACUCCUAUCAAAGAGGAAGAAUACUCUAUCAGUGGCCUGAUCCAGAGGCUGGGCAUCCCCAAGGUUCAGUGUAGCAAUGAGUUCUGCACAGGACUGCUAGGGGGUGCAAGGUUCACUUCGCUGAGGGGAGGCUUUAGCUCAGGCCAAGUUUGUGGCCUCUCAGCUUCACGAAGUCCGCUGGUCGAAGCCCUUGUGGUGCCCACGCAGACCUCCGCUCUGGCUAGGGUCUCUCCCAACGCUGGCCCCAGGCACUUGUGCUGUCCAAGCACUGCAAGUGACCAAGAAAAGCCACAAACCCAAUCCUGGAACCACCUGCGACGGAGUAAACCCUACUCAGCCAAUCAAGGGAAAGGGUUCCCGGAAGUCCCGCCCUUGUUUCUGAGUGACAGCUGGUGAAUAGGCUGCGUUCCCAGCGGACAGGGUUCAGAGACGCGCGAGCGCAGCUGAUUCUCUUGGUCCAGGGCCUCCCCGACUGGGAUCCCGUUGCGCAUGCUCACCGCCCUCUGCCCGGACGUGCACCUGCUUAGAGAGUCCUCCGUUCGAUCCGGUACCCCAUCUGAGCAUCGUGCACCCAGCCAUGACAGCCCAUUCCUUUGCCCUUCCUGUCAUCAUCUUCACCACAUUCUGGGGCCUCAUCGGCAUCGCUGGGCCCUGGUUCGUGCCCAAAGGACCCAACCGCGGGGUGAUCAUCACCAUGCUGGUAGCUACUGCUGUCUGCUGUUACCUCUUCUGGCUCAUCGCCAUCUUGGCUCAGCUGAACCCCCUAUUUGGGCCACAGCUGAAGAAUGAGACCAUCUGGUACGUGCGCUUCCUGUGGGAGUGACCACUGGGAGUGACCGGCUGGCUUCUGGCCCCAGAUGCCCUGCUGUGAAAGAUGACCCAGCCUUGAUGUCCCUGGAGACCCUGCAUUCCCACUGGCCCCACCCAUCAGUAUGACGUUCUGUGCUCUCCGUGCCAGCGUGCUGUGGGAUCCCCAGAGCCAACCUGGUUUCAGUUUCCCCUGUGUUCCCAGCCAUUAGGGGGCCUCCAUUUUGGGAAAACCCUGUGCUCAGUCAGGACACAGUGGGGGCUAACCUGAGCUCAAAUCCCCACACUUGGCACUUCUCUCUCUUCCAAGCAGAUCCUGGCUGAGAAGCUGGACCUGCUGGGAUCUGUUUUCAUCCAGGGAGCAGAAGGCAGGACUCAGCCUGGUCCCAGAAAGGACCCAAGUCUUUGUGGAGAAGGGACAUGUGGCCCAGAACACUCCAAGCUUUUCAACUCUUGCCUCCACUGUGUUGAUAUAUUGGGUCAGGGUCACAGGCCUCCUCCAGCCCUGAAGCGGAUUACCCAUUUAGUUUCUUGCACUUCUAGAUGUGACAUUCCAGAGAUGCUGGUGACCUAAAGAAGCAGUCACACCAAAACCCUGGCACAGUCAGGAUUGAAGCCUCCGUGUUUAGCCCUCAGUAGCAGGGAAGUCACUUAGCAUGGGAGGGAGGUGGUGCGUCUUUGAAAUGUUCUAGUCAGUUUCCUCUCCCUCUGUAGAUGAGCUCACUCACUCCCUAGUACUUGUACACUUGGGGUACAACCAUUUUUGCCACUCUUCAUUGGGUCCCAAUACCCUUGAAGAGAUCUGGAGUUGAGGUUGGGGGACAGACAAAGGUGAUGUUUAUGGGGUGCUAUGCCUCCCUGGCUUCUGAGACCCUCUGUCCCUAAGCUCAUAUGGCUCUGUGCCAGGCUCAGUGAGACAGAAAAUGUAAACCAUGGGGGAUCAUCCCAGGGGACUCCAGAGAGGGCAAGUAGGGCAUUCUUGUCUGAGUCGCCAGGGCUACCUAAGGCACAAUCCAUGUUUUCUAGUCCGAGGCUGUCUGAGUUCCCAGGGGAAGGAAAGCCAGCCUUGAUUAUCUAUUGACUAUUUGUUUGGUCUUCCUCCCCCUGUAGGGGUCGUUUGGGGAGUGGCAGAAUACACUCAAGCUCAGAUUCCUGGGCAUUAGGUGUGCUGGUUGCUCAGAUCUUCGGUUGGGACCUCUGUGGGCAACCCAUCCCUUCCUCCCCUGACUCCUGAAGCCUUUCUGUGGGGUGGGGCAUGGUGAGCAUGAUGUGUUGAAAAGCUGAUUCCUGUCUAAUAAAUCAUGGUGAUGCAAGAUUGAUUUUGCAGCCAAA